AACCUCUACAUGGCCUUCUGACGGAACUGUCUUUCCAGAGUUUAGAGCUUACCAUCGUCGACGUCUUGCCCUACCGUCUGUCGCGCACGAGAUUCAAAUUGUCCUUCAGCGCCUUCAUCGGAUUCAGUCAAAGGGAACUCGGGUGCCUGCGCUGCGGGGGAUUGGCCUGAGCUCAACAUGGAUGACCAUGGCGAGUUCGACAGCGUCUCGUGGCAGCGAGAAGAUACCGCGGAAGGGGAGUCAUCAGCUCCAUUCCACGGCAGUUUGCCAGAUAGAUCCGCAAGCGGGCCGCGAAGCGACAGCGUAUCCAGCGAACCCCAAGUAGGUGAACAUGCGGACGACGUCGACUUGGCUGGCAUAGGUCGCGACGGUAUCUUGGAAGUUACUGUUGAUACCCCGCUCAAAGAGAAUGAUGGCACAAAGGAUGCAUAUGUUUCGUAUCUGGUCACCACUCAUACAGACUUCAAGUCCUUCCAAAGAACCGACUUCUCUGUCCGGCGACGUUUCACAGACUUUGUCUUCCUCCGGCAGACGUUGCACCGAGACUAUCAAGCCUGUGCAAUCCCUCCCCUGCCCGAGAAGAAUAACAUGGCCUACGUUCGAGGAGACCGGUUUAGUACGGAGUUCACCCAGCGACGGGCGUGGUCGUUACAUCGCUUUCUCAAGAGGUGCACUCUGCACCCAGUGUUACGGAGAGCUCCCAUAUUAAUAUUGUUUCUGGAGACGGGAGACUGGAAUGCACAGAUGCGACUGAGACCAUCACGAAGCAACACGUUGGGUGAAGGCGGCGCGGGGAACACAUCUGCUCCGUCGGGAUUCUUCGAUAACGUCGCAGAUACCAUGUUAAACGCCUUCACCAAAGUCCACAAACCCGACAAGCGAUUUAUCGAAGUGACUGAACGUGCCAACAAACUCGAUGAGGACUUAUCGCAUGUCGAGAAAAUCAUUGCCCGCGUCGCCCGCAGAGAAGGUGACCUUGAAACCGACUAUGCCGACCUUGCCAACAAUAUGCGCAGACUGACCCCCUUAGAACCGGCAAUCGAAGCCCCGCUGCAAACCUUCGCCGGGUGCGUGGAGGAAACGUCGAGAGGUUGGAAACAACUAAAGGACCACACAGAUCAGAACUAUCUGGGAAGUCUCAGAGAUAUGGAAGCAUACAUCAACUCCGUCAAAUCGCUCCUGAAAACGCGCGAGCAAAAACAGCUCGAUUUCGAAGGACUCACAGAAUACCUACAAAAAGCCACUUCAGAACGUGACUUACUGGCCUCGACUAAUCCUUAUUCACAUGGCAGCAACCUGAACCCGGCAAACUUCAUCCGCAACAAAGUCGAAGACAUGCGCGGGGUUGACCAUGAAACCGCCCGCCGCGAACGCUACCGCAAACUGGAACUCAAGAUUGCAGAGCUGAACCGAGAGGUGGAGAGUGCAGAAGGCACAAGCGAAAUGUUCGACGAGCAGGUCGUUCGCGAGGUUGCGGACUUUGAAAGGAUCAAAGGAGUGGAAUUUCGGGACAGCCUGGGAGCCCUAGCAACCCAGCAUAUGGAGUUUUACCAAAAUGUCAUCUCGACAUGGGAAAGGUUCCUGGUCGACAUGGACGCUGACAAGCACAUACACAAAGACAAGGGCAGGGCGGCUGCAUAGUGCCCCUGAAUCGAGCUGUAGGCGUGAAAAGCCUGGAACGGACAUUUGAUCUGCUACGGGGGUUAAUGCGCUUGCUAAACAGGCGGUGUACCCUCAACCACGAGUACUAAUGAAAGCGCCAAUGCCAAUGGUGCGUGCCACUGCUCAAUCUCCAUGCUCCUCUUCAAGUCUACCUAGGUAGAUUCUUGCUGGAGGCUUGCUUUCGCACUCUAUUUGACUAUCGAAUGGUUGGCGAGAGAAGUAAAAUGGAACACAUUGGGAACUCUAUGGUGCUUGAAGCUCAGCUCAGCUCCUUCGGCUACGGCGGCUGAGUCUUCUUGUAGAUUUAUAUCUGGGCGAACUUCGAUCUAGUCUACUC